AUGGUUGAUGUUAACGAAGCGACCCUUUUUGUGGUGGAUGAAGUGAGUGAUAUUAUGAAGGACUCAAUUGAACAUUCAAUUGGCAGUCAAUUAUACCAACAAAAUAUGGUUAAUAAAUGGACAGAUUCUGUAGUUGAAAACUGCCUAACAAGACUUUGUAAACUGGCCAAACCUUUUAAAUAUAUAGUUACAUGUGCGAUCAUGCAAAAAAACGGUGCUGGUUUUCAUGCAGCAAGUUCGUGUUAUUGGGAUAACUUGACAGAUGGUAGUUGUACUGUUAGAUGGGAAAACAAAACUAUGUAUGUUAUUGUAUCAGUUUUUGGUCUAGCCAUAUGA